UCAGGAAGGGCCAGUAGAGAAUUGGAUUCCCUCAAGGCGGACAAUCAAGCUCUCGUGCACGACAUGCUUUUAUUGAGGGAUGAAAUGGAGCAGCUAAAGCGAGGCAACAAGCGAGGUUUGGAGGCAGUCACGGAGAAGAGUCCUGCUGAACCGGUACACGGGAAGUCGAAACAAGGUGAAGAAGGUCAGACGCCUGCCGAAUGGGCCAAGCUCGCUGAGGCGUACAGGCGGAUGCGCGACGAAAAAGACAGGGCGGAGCGGGAGGUUUCUGCGUCGAAGGAACGAAUCAAUCGUAUCAAGAUCAUGUCACCCUCGAGCUCCAGGAAGAAGCUGUUUGGGCGGAGGAAGAGCCUCAAAGGAGGCUGCAGUCCAAUACGGAAAGAUGGUGAUCAGGUGAAGAUCACUUUUGUGAGGAAGGUUGGUGAAGAAAAAGAGGCAUUCUGUAGGAGGGUAAACAAUGACCUUGGAAAGUUGAGGAAAGCACAGUUUGAAGCGCUAUGUAAGGAUGAAGGAAUCGAGUACGGCGGGGUCAAGAAAACUGCGGGAGACCUAGCCGACAUCUACACGGCAAGGGCUUACCAGCAUCAGGCCAACAGAAGGUUGGCCGAAAAUGAUGAAGAGGAACAUGAGGAGGAAGAUCUUGAAGAAGGUGAGUCCGCGGAUGUGGCAGGUGCUUCCACCGAUUAUGCAACAGCUGCCGAAUCUCCGGAAGGCCGGUUCCGAGCGCCGGUGCUAUUUAUUCUUCUUUGGCCACUAUUCGAGAUAUGAGGAACUGUGGUGAUAAGUUGUGUCUGCCUAGUCUUAACCAGCUCUUUCGCUGCCAUGUUAUCUUAUUGAUCUUGUCC